AUGCAAUUUGGUAACAAUAAAGAAUGGUAUCACAACUAUUUUAUAAUUUUUCUCAUUUCUUUCUCCAUAAUAGCAUCAGGAAUAAAUGGUUUUUCACAUGAACAUGAAUAUUCUCAUUUUAAUCAUGCCAAUAUUGAUAAAUUAAUUUCUUUAGAAUCUGAGCAAGAAUCUAUAAUUUUACCAUUCAAUACUACUAGAAUACCUGGAUCAAAAGAAUCCAUCAAAAUUCAAGAAUAUAUAACUUUUUUUUUUGAACAAUUAAAUAACAAUUCCAAUGGUAUUCUUUGGGUGGUAACAAGAGACAACUUUAAAGAAAAUGGAUACAACUUCACCAAUCUAGUGUUCAGCUUGAAUUACGUUGAUAAAAAUAAAAAUAACAAUAAAAAGGAAUUCUUACAUAUGCAAGAUUAUAAAAAAGAAAAGUCAUUAAUAUUAGCUGCCCACUAUGAUAGUAAAAUAGACCCUCCAGGGUUUAUAGGCGCAGUUGAUAGUGCUCUUUCAUGUUCUAUUCUACUCUAUAUCGCAUAUUUUAUAACCAACCUUGAUACCCAAAAUGAUUAUACACACAUUUAUGAAAAUGGCUUUGUUAAAAAUCUAGAAAUUAUAUUUUUUGACGGAGAGGAAGCUCUAAAAAAAUGGAAUGAUGAUGAUUCCAUAUAUGGAUCCAAGCAUUUGGUAUCUAAAUAUCCUGGAAAAUACAAUGGAAAGAAUAUAGAAUUGAUGAUUUUGUUGGAUUUAUUGGGAAGUAGCGAUGAUGAAGAUUUGUCUAUAUAUAGUUAUUUUGCCAACUCACAUAUUUUUUAUGAGCGGUUAUCUACAGUGGAAAAGAAAUUGUUUCCAUUUGGAAAAACAAAAUUGAUUAGCGAUAAUAAAUCAUUUAUCUGGUCUUCAAAGAAGAAUACCAAAAGACCUGUAUUUGUGGUGGAGGAUGAUCAUAUUCCAUUUUAUACAAGAGGAAUACCUAUUUUACAUCUAAUACCACUUCCAUUUCCUAAGACCUGGCAUACCAUAGACGAUGAUUUUAAUCACGUGAAUAUGACAAGUGUUAAAAAAUGGUGUAAAAUGUUGUCUACGUUUACUGUGGAAUAUUUACAUGACAGAUUGUUUGAAUAA